AUGGGCGCGGAGCGCGCCGUUGCGGCGUACGACGAUGGCUUGUCGAAGCGAUUCCGGAUUAUCGGCGUGCCGUACGCAAACCAGUACUUCACGCUGAGCGCGGAGAAGCUGGAGACUUUGCGGCCGUGCUUGGUGCCCCUGAUCAAGCAACACUGGGGAGAGGCGUCGCUGGAAUCCGACGCCGCUGACGACUGCACACCCAGCCGUUAUCAGUACGUGAACGCAAUCAAGGACGCUAAGUCGCACUGUGUCAUCAUCGGAGCCAUAUUCAAGGACAUGAAGCUGCGGCCGUCGCCUCUCACGGAGUAUUCGGAGCAGGUGAAGCUGUCGCAGGAGCACGUUGCGAAGUUCACGUCGGAGGAUGAUCGAUUGUUCAUUGAGGACCAGAGCAUCCGCAUGGCCCUGCGCGGGCCGCUGCUGGAUCCCCAAAAGCUCGUCACAGGGCUGGUGAUGGCGAUGAAGGGGAUCAUUAAUGACCAGGGCGAAUUCGACUGCGAGGACUACCUUAUGCCGGGUCCGCCCACGUCCAUACCUAUACCUCCUGCGACUGAGGAGAAGUACGUGGCGCUGGUUUCGGGAUUGAACAUCGCUGGUCCGCGUUCGAGCCACGAUCCACUACUGAUGUUACGCGACUUUGUACUGGGAAACACGCCCAAAAUCGUCCGGCUGGUGAUAGCGGGUAACGGCAUUGGUCAAUGUGACGUGCCGUCACUAGCCGAGUGUGAUGUCUACUUCGCACAGCUAGCUGCGGCACUGCCGGUCGACCUCAUGCCAGGCGACACCGACCCAUCUAAUCGCAACCUUCCCCAGCAGCCGAUUCACCCGUGCUUUUUGGAGCACAGCAGGCGUUACGGGACGUUUCAGUCGACAACAAACCCCUACUUCUUUACUGUGGACGGUGUAAGGUUCCUGGGGACGUCAGGCCAGGCCGUGAAGGGCGUCUGCGACUACAGCACUUUGUCUGAACUGGAGGCGCUUCAACUGACGGCUGCUGCGCGGUUCAUCGCUCCGACGGCACCGGACACGCUCGGAUGCCACCCCGAGGCUCGCGUGUUUACACUUGCGGACGACUCGGAGUACCCGCAUGUCAUUUUCAGCGGUAACUCGCAAGAGUUUGUCAGUGCGGAAGCUGGAGCACCUGGAUGCUUGCCGAGAGCCAUUUGCGUGCCCGCGUUUACUUCGCUGCCUUCCGUUGUCUUGGUGUCGCUGGCCACCCUGGAGGCGCGUCUAAUCAGGUUUGCGUAG